AUGGCGAAGAGGAAGCGCAACAAUGCCUCGAACAACGCCGUGAAGAAGCAGGCGACGGCAAGCCUCCCAAGCCCACCGCAUGAGAAAGACACUGCACUAGGAGCACCAAGCAUACAUGCAGUCAUAUCACCUGAAGAGCUGGAUAUUGCUGUCGAGACUUUGCAAUCCUUGUCAGAACACCCAGCUUUGAUCAAAUCGAAGGCCUGUAAGGACCUUAGGGCGGCCGUCUACAACUUUCGCCAGGCGAGCACCACAGGAAUGGCUGCAGCUGAAAACAGCAAUCUCACCGGCCGCAUUUCUGCAGCGCUCACGGAUGGAAAAUACACAGACGCUAUGAUUCUCCUAGCAGAGAUGCGUAUCCGGAAGGAGACACCAUCACUUGGAGCAUUGUGUCGCUGGGUGCGCACACUAGAUGUGAUAUCCGGACUCUCUAUUCACGUCCAAGUACCAAGCCAAACUGUCGUUGGAAAAAACGCCAGCAAUGAGCAGCUUGUUCGAGUUCUGGAUGCCAUCCUCCGAGUCACUGGCCCAACAGACACCACAUCCCACGGCAUUGACGCAACAUCAAGCCCCAUCUCGCUCCAAGAGACCUGGAAUUUACGGCCUGCCACAGAGCCCACGCGCCAGCUGCGGCGCACCAUCAAAGACAAGUCCAUCUUCACAUCCACCCCAAUCAACAAGGACAACUUCCGCGUCAUCGAGACAACACCCGGUCCGCUCCGCAAGCCGCCGAACCUGCACCCUGCCGUUCUCUUUGCCUCGCAAGACGACACAGUUCUCCUCGGCGAAGGUCCCAAGACAGAAGUGUACCACCACCCAAUAGUGCCGAAUCUCCGCCUUAUCAGGGACGUCCUGACUCCCGAAGAGUGCUCAUCGAUCAUCUGCGCAGGUGAGACCGUCGAGUUCAUCCCUGACGCGCCAAUGCGACCCCAAGGCGAGGACACAAGCAUCCUCGCGCACAACUUCUACUGGAUCGUCGACCAGGCGUUCCACGAUAAGCUGUGGGAUCGUGUGAAGGCGUUUGUGCCGGAGUCUGUCGGCGGCAGGGCGGUGAGGGGUAUCAACCGGAGAUUCAGAGUGUACCGCUAUGUGCCAGGAGCAGAAUACAGAUGCCACAUCGACGGCGCAUGGCCACCCUCAGCCAUCGAUCCGGCGACCGACGCGUACCAGUACGAUUCCUCGCCCUCGGACGCCCGCCAGUCGAGUCUGUUCACAUUCCUGAUCUACCUGAACGACGACUUCCGCGGCGGCGAGACCACGUUCUUUAUUCCGAGUGUGAAGGAGGGCGUCAUCAAUGCAUACCCAGUGAAGCCGAUCAUGGGCAGUGUCGCGGUGUUCCCGCAUGGCGAGGCGGCAGGUGCGCUGCUGCACGAGGGAACGGGCGUGGUCGAGGGAGCGAAGUAUGUGAUCCGGACCGACGUCGAGUAUGAUGUAGACCCCACCGUUUGA